AUGAAGUUCUCUACGUCUCUCGCUCUUGCCGCUGCGGCUUCAACGGCCUCUGCACACACCAUCUUCGUUUCUCUGAAUGGGGGCAAGGUUGGCGACGGUGUCCGGGUUCCUUCAUACGAUGGUCCCAUCACGGACGUAUCUUCCAACGACAUCGUCUGCAACGGCGGCCCCAACCCCACGCAGAAGACCUCAACCAUCAUCACCGUGCAAGCUGGCUCCUCGGCCAAGCUCACAUGGCGUCACACCCUGACCUCGACUGCCAGCGAUGUCAUCGACGCGAGCCACAAGGGCCCCGUUAUGGCGUAUAUGAAGAAAGUCUCAAACGCAGCGACCGACUCCGGCGUUGGCUCCGGCUGGUUCAAGAUUGCCGAAGACGGCCUCGACUCCUCCGGCAAAUGGGGGGUGGACCGCCUUAUAGCGAACCAGGGCAUCCAAACCGUCACCAUCCCGCAGUGCAUCGCGCCCGGCCAGUACCUGCUCCGCGGCGAGCUGAUCGCUCUACACGGUGCGCAAAGCGCGAACGGUGCGCAGUUUUAUAUGGAGUGCGCUCAGAUUAAUGUCACGGGCGGAUCCGCGAGCAAGACGCCGAGCAGUGUGAGCUUGCCGGGAGCGUAUAAGGCGAGCGACCCGGGGAUUCUGUAUAACUUGUAUACAGGGCAGAAGACGUACACUGCGCCAGGGCCGAGCGUGUUCAAGUGCUAG